AGACUUUAUCAAAAUAAAUUUUACUCACAAUGGAAUUAUACUCUGUUAAUACUCCAACCAAAACUGAGAGUUAUUUUUAUCAAAUGUAAGAGAAAGGUAUCUUCUGUAACCCUUUUAUACAGUUUUUAUGCAUCUUUUAAUAAAUACAUGUAUUCCAUACACAAAAAUGCCUCCUUCACGUGAUUGGUGCAAUCGAGGUCAAUCGCUGAUUGGUAGUUGGUGGUGCUUAAAGUUCAACUUUGCUCCAAAUUCACAACUUGCAAAUUGCCUAGUAAUUUUCAAUCUACACAGUUCGAGUACGGAAAUUUCACCAUAUUUGCCUUCGGAAACCGAAAUCAUUCAGAUCAUUACACUAUAUGAUCUGCUAGAUACCAUAAAUGGUAGUAAUCAAGAAAGCAAUCACAUUUGUAUGAAACUAUGUACUACUAAGUGAUUAAGAUGAGUAGUAGUUGAAUACCACUCAUAUCAACCAAUAGUGUUUGCUAACCAGACAGAUAGAGGUGAUUUCAACUCUGGAGACCUGUUUCGCUCGUUUGAGAUUGGUGCAGCUCAUCGUCGGUGUACCCGGUUUUACUCAGCUUAGAUAGCCGAAUCACUCCAAACCAACCGAUUUCUGGCUGGCUAGCUAGCUAGCUAGCUACUUGGUUGAACUAGUCAUACCAUAAAUAAAAUUCACAACUUGCAAUCCAUA